AUGGGUCUCUUCAAGAAGAAGGGCGACGACGGCGAAGAUGGUGGUCGAUCUGCCCUAUUCAGCAGGUCAAAGAACUCAAAGUCCCCUGCUCCACCACAGAACAACCCAUACUCCAAUGUGCCUCCAGAUCCAUAUACACAAGCGAAGAUGAAUGCCGGCAUAGUGAAGCCACCUCAGCAGCAGCAACAGCAGCAAGGUGGUCCGCAACAAGGUUAUGGUGCACCUCAGGGAGGAUAUGGAAAUCAGCAGGGCGGGUAUGGCCCAAAUCGAUUUGGUGACGAGAAGGGAUAUGGCGGACCACAGCAAGGCGGUAAUCCGUACGGCGCUCCUGGACCUCAGCGGAGUGCCAACCCAUAUGCACAAAUGACUCAGCCAGGUGGUGCCUCCAAGACAGGUGGCUACGGCGGACUAGGUCCUGCAGACGAUACACCAGACGAGAACAGGGACGCCUUAUUUGGGGGUGCGAGAGACAGAGCUCAACAACAGCAAGCAAACGGACCACCUGGCUACCAAUACAACAGCGGCGGCAACGACCCCAACGAGUCCCGCAGCUACGGAGCCUACGGCGACCGCCAACUAACAGCAGAAGAGGAAGAGGAAGAAGAUGUUACCGCAACCAAACAAGAAAUCAAAUUUAUGAAACAACAAGACGUCUCCUCCACCCGCAAUGCCCUCCAAGCCGCCGCCAUGGCCGAAGAAACAGGCCGCAACACACUCGCCCGCCUCGGCGCCCAAGGCGAACGCAUCCACAACACCAAUCGCAACCUGGACAUUGGCCAUAACUCGGUCAACAUCGCCGAAGACAGAAGCAAAGAACUCAAAACCCUAAAUCGGUCCAUGUUCGCCGUCCACGUCAACAACCCUUUCACCGCCAAAGAACGCCGCAUCCGUGAUGAAGAAAAGAUCGUCGACCGCCACAGGAUGGAACGGGACCAGCGCGAAGCUACUCGUGAAGCAGCUUUCCAAUCCACCGCGCGCAUGAACCAGAACUUCAAGGGUCUCAACGACGCCGGUAGGCCAAACGGGAUGCCGAAGGCGACUCUGGCUGAAAGAUCCAAGUAUCAGUUCGAGGCUGAUAGUGACGAUGACCGCGCGGAGGACGAGAUCGAGCGAAAUAUUGAUGAGCUGGGCGGUGCUGCGCAACGGUUGAACAUUUUGGCUAGGGCUAUGGGUGACGAGGCUGAUACUCAGAACAAAAUGUUGCAGAAUGUGGCGGACAAGAGUGAUAGAUUGGAUGAUAGGUUUCAUUUGCAGACUGAGAGGUUGAAGCGGAUUAAAUAA